UGGGUGAACGUGUGUGUGUGUCCGUCGAGGUUCGUGUGCAAGUGCACAAGUCCUUUUGUUUACUUCAAAAAAAAAAAAAUUCUUUUUACAUACAUUCUUUUGCACAAUGUUCAGCUGAUAUUGUGCAGGAGUGUUUUGCCUGUCCUAAAAUGGAGGCACGACUGAAGCCAUGGGAUACAGCUGAGCACAGCCGACAUUCCUUACAACUAAUGCAACCCAAGACAGCUGCUUUGGCUGGUUCAUCAGCUCGUUUAUUUUUGUCAUCAAUGGCUCCAUAUGAACUUCACAAACGUCUUAUAAAUGAUUAUUUAUUGUGCCGCAAAGGUGCAACUUCCCUUUUAGAAAGAGAUACUUCUCGUGAUAGAACAGACCAUGAUGUCAUCCGUGAAAACCACAGAUUUUUAUGGGAUGAGGAAGAUAAUCCUGAUACCUGGGAAGCUCAACUAGCAAAGAAAUACUAUGAUAAACUUUUCAAAGAGUAUUGCAUUUGUGACUUAACGAUGUACAAGUCUAACAAGGUUGCUAUGCGGUGGAGAACUGAGCCUGAACUGGUUUCAGGAAGAGGUCAGUUCACUUGUGGUGAAAAACGGUGUUCUGGACGGGAUGGAUUAAGAACAUGGGAAGUUAAUUUUGCAUAUGUAGAACUUGGGGAGAAAAAAAAUGCCCUUGUCAAAUUGCGAUUGUGCCCAGAUUGCUCAGGAAAGCUUAAUUAUGGCUCUAAAAAAAGGGAAAUUAAACGCUUACACAAAAAGAAGACAUCAAAAAAGAAGCCAGAGAAGAAAAAUGAGGAAAGUGAACAAAGGCAACAUGAACAUUCAACAGAAUCUGUGGAAUCAGAACUGCAGUCAGAAGAUAAGGUUGAUGCAGAGGCAUCAAAUAUCUGGAAAGAUGCUUCAAAGCCUGAUGAAGAGAAAGCGAGAGAAGAAGAAUUUGCUGAGUACCUUGAAGAGUUGUUUAUGUGAUGUAGCUAAGUUUGAAAUGUAUACUUUUCUUACUUGCA